GCGCAAGUGGGAAUUGUCUGUCUCUCCCUUCUUGUCUAUGAUCCUUAGCGCACCAGAGCGCUGGAAUCUGGACAAAGGCGGCAGUCUGGAGGCGCACAUGUGCCCGAGCUGGCGGAGUGCAGACGACACAGAGCUCCGCCGACGAGGUCGCCAGCACAGGCACUCGGCUGCGCGCUGCAGGAGGGGAGGUGGAUCAGCAACAACAGUCGCCUCGCGAGCCCAUCGAGCUGGAAUUAAAACCGCUCACAGCAGUCGCAGCAGCGUCAGCUGUCACGGAGGAAUCGGCCGCCUCGCUUCCCUCUUAGCGCUGCCGGCAGGAAGUGGCGGCGGCGAGAAGCGGUACGCGGGUUUACAGAAGCCCGGAAUGAAGCCGCACUGACACGGUUAGUCACAGACAACCAUGUCUACUACAGAGGUUACCAUGUCCAUGAGCGACGUGGUGCUGUUGAAGACAGAUGGAGACGAUCCUGGGAAUGCAGAGAGCAGCAGGACUCAAGUUAUCCUCCAGUUACAGCCAAUGCCCCAAGGGAUAUCCGAAGACUCAUCUGAGACUGAUGCAGCUGUGGUGUCUGUAGAAACACAUACAGAUGAUAAUUCUGCAUGUGGGGAGGAAGUAGAGCUUGGCUACCCUAUCACCUGUGGCGAUAUAAAAGCAGUGCUCAUCUGGAAGAAGUUUGUGUGCCCAGGGAUAAAUGUCAAAUGUGUGAAGUAUCAUGAACAGCUCAUCAGCCCCAAGCAAUUCGUUCAUCUGGCUGGCAAGGCGACCCUGAAGGACUGGAAAAGAGCCAUUCGCUUAGAAGGAGUCAUGCUACGGAAAAUGAUGGAUUCGGGACAAAUUGAUUUCUACCAACAUAAUCAAGUCUGCACCAACACGUGUAGGAGUACUAAAUUUGACCUUUUGAUUAAUAACACCAGAUUUCCUGGACAGCAGAGUAGUAUGGUACAGACGCCUACUUCGCCUCAAGGAAAUGGAUCCCAACUGACUGUCUCGGAGGUGAACCAGGAUGAGAGUGUGGAGUGGAGCCAGGGCAUUGCUGUCAGCAGUGAUGCCGAAGGAAAGAAGGACACGGAAGAGAUUUCUGAGGAGACUCUCAACUUUUGGAAGGGCAUUGCUGAUGUGGGCCUAAUGGGAGAAGUUGUGUCCAACAUCCGCAAUGAGCUGCUUGCACUUCUCCGAGGUGUUCAGCAACGUAGUGGACUGUCUACCCUCCAGGAGGCAGAUGCAGCUUUCCUGAAUAAUCUUGCCCAGAUGUUUGGGCUGCUUGAAACGGUGAAGAGAGUGCUAUACAAUCGGAAGAGCCAAACGGAUGAAAGUCAGGAGCAGAUCCACAGCACACUAACAGACUUGGAGAAUCAACUGGAGGAACAAAAGAAGCAGGCCACCGAGUGGCGUAUUCGCUCCCAACCCGUUCAGAAUGUGGUACUAAUGUCUCUGGCUACGGCCAAGCCAACUUCAAAGAGGCCACGCCUGCAGAGACCAGCAUCUGCCACACUACUAACUCCGAGCACUUCGCUGCAGUCGUCGCAGGUGCAGCAGUCCACCCAGUUCACUGUUCUCUCUCCAAUCACCAUCUCCUCCAUGGGUCAGCCUUUCAGCGUUGGGGGUGUUCCAGUAGCCACACUGGCGCACCAGUCAAGCCCCGUCACACUGCACACCUUACCCUCUGGUUCACAAUUCUUCACCCGCUACACAGCAGCUACAAUGGUUCCCACAAGCCAUGGCAAAGCAGUGUCACAGGAAACCAUCACUCUGCACCCUUCUUCAAGCCUCACACUUCUCAGCACUGCAGCCAUUCAGGAUCCCAGCCACCUUGGGGCAGUCGUUAAUCCAGUGGAACUGGUGGAGGUGGACCCAGGGCUGGCAUCUGUGGUUCAAGCAGCUGAAGAAGAUGGCUUAGAUGAUGAGGGGAGGGUGGAAGAUGACGUUGAGGGGACGGUCUUGGUGCAUGAUGAAGGACACAUCAUUGCAGAGACUGAAGAGGAAACGGAGACCCAAACACAGACUGUGAUCGAGAUUGACCCAGCACCAGACACGAGCGAACAGCCCCAGGACACCUGCAUAAUGGGAAUCGAGCUGGCCGAUGGGACAGACGAAACCGAUCGGAUGGUCGUACAGGAGGAAGAAGUGGAAAUGUCAACUGCCAGCGUCCAGAUUGAACACUCAGAGCAGCUGCACGACGUGGAAAUUGUAGUUAUUGAAGACGAUAAUGGGGAAGAACAUGAGGCCAAGUGCGCGAGCGAUCAAGGACACGACUAUGAGCAGUAGAGAGCGGGAAACAAUCUAUGAUAAAUGGAUCUGUACAGUUGUGUAUAAAAUGGACAAGAUUACUGAACAAUUUCAAUGUAAAGUGGACCAUCAGAUUUGACACGUGUGUAGAAUUUUUUUUUUUUUUUUUUACACCUGGCUGAUGGACGUCCUUUAUUGUAAAUAUAAUGAAAGUCUGGGGAGGAUAACACCCUGGAAUUUGCAGGAGUGCAGCAUGAACUUGAAGCAGUUGCCACGAUUUGUUUCAUCUUUGACCCUUUUUUGUUUUUAGGACAGUAGAUAGCUGAGAACACCAGGCUAGCGGUUCCAAGUAGGGUGUAACUCAUGCAGGUAAGGUUGGACGUUGCUUGAUCGUAUUUGACAUGUAGGUGCCUGUGCUCCUUAACUUGUGCCACCCUUUGUGGUCAAUUUACUACAUCAAUUGAAAACCAGUGUAUAAAGGAUUAUGUAUGCAUUUGAUAAAUCACGACACAUUAAAGAGUGCUGUACUGAAAGCAGUGGGACCUUUCAAAA